AUGAACAACGGCGGUCGCCUCAUCGACUGUACUGGCUCCGAGAUUCAGGCCACGUUUCUUCGGCCGCUUGACGGUUCUGUCGGUGUCUGCAUCGCGAAGGCUCUAGCCGCAACCGUGGAAGCCUUGGCAUCUCGCUUAUUCCACCAGACACGUGACCUCUCACCCUUUGCAGCUGGAUGUGCUUUCCUGCGACCUCGUUAG